AAUUAUUUUCAGGCAGCGUGCACUUUUGCGCAUGCGCGCUGGACUUCUAGAGCUUUCUUCACGUGGGUCUUUUUUUCGGCGUGGUGUCUCUUCGUUGCCAGAACAUUUUAUUUGCUCUUUCACACACACGAGAACUGCUAAAGAUUCGCUGCAGAUAUGGCUAAAGCUUUCAGAAAAUUCCUGCCAAUGUUUGACCGUGUUCUGGUGGAGCGGUUGGCAGCAGAGACUGUGACAAAAGGAGGCAUCAUGAUUCCAGAAAAGUCCCAAGGCAAAGUGCUUCAGGCCACCGUGGUGGCUGUGGGACCUGGUGCCACCAACAAGACAGGAGCUGUAACGCCUGUCAGCGUCAAAGUUGGUGAGAGAGUUCUACUGCCAGAAUAUGGAGGCACAAAAGUGGUUCUUGACGAUCAGGACUAUUUCUUGUUCCGGGAUGCAGACAUCCUUGGAAAAUAUGUUGAAUAAUUUCUGUUAGUGUAUGAUCACCAAGUUUAUCAUCCCAAGGAGUGGUUCUGUUUUGGUUAUUUUUCUAUGGUCAAUUGUAAAUAAUUCUGUUCAUGUGAUGUUAAUAAAGUGAAUUUGAGGAAA